CUUGCCGGCCCGGCCUCCGCCCUCUUCCCCUCCCCGCAGGUUCCGCAUGCUGCUGCUCUGUCGGCCCCUCCGUCGCAUCCGUGCUGCGGGCCGCCCGCUCUCCCGCUCCCUCAUGAACCUCAACGAGCUCGUUCCCGCUCUGAAUGACUUCGCUUCCCUCUCCCUGGCUGAGAGCUGGGACAACGUGGGGCUGCUGGUGGAACCCAGCCCUCCUCACGCCGUGCGCACCCUGCUCCUCACCAACGACCUCACCGAGCAGGUGAUGGAGGAGGCGGUGCAGAAGAACGCAGACCUCAUUCUCUCCUAUCACCCUCCCAUCUUCGCCCCGCUCAAGCGGGUAACGUGGAAGACCUGGAAGGAGCGGCUGGUGGUCCGUGCUCUGGAGCACAGGAUCGGGAUCUACUCACCGCACACAGCGUACGAUGCCGUACCGCACGGAGUCAACAACUGGCUGUCCAAGGGACUCGGUGCCUGUACUUCUGUCCCACUGCACCUAUCAACUGCUCCAAGCCAUCCGACUGAGGGCACUCACCGGGUGGAAUUCUGUGGAGACGCUACGGGGCAUCUAGAGACAGUGCUGUCCAAAAUCAAAGACAUCCCAGAGAUCUUCUGUCUCACCACUCUCCCUGUCAGGGUUGAUGGGGAGGAGCAAACACGAGUCAGUCUGAACUGCUCUCAGAAAGCACUGCUGGAGGUGGUGGCAUUAUUGUCCCAGAACAGCCUUCUUUAUUGCAAGACUGAGAUUCUCUUAUUACAGAAGCCUCUUCUUCCACAUACUGGAAUGGGACGUCUCUGCACUCUGAGUGAGCCAGCCUCCUUGUCAGACAUAAUUGAGCGCAUCAAAAGCCACCUAAAAUUACCCCACGUCCGCUUCGCUGUGGGAACAGGCAAGACACUUGAUUCUCCAGUGAAGAAAGCUGCUCUGUGUGCUGGUUCUGGGAGCAGUAUCCUGAAGGGAAUGGAAGCUGACCUCUAUCUCACAGGAGAGAUGUCCCACCAUGACGUUCUGGAUGCAGUUGCCAAUGGUGUAAGUGUUAUUCUGUGUGAACACAGUAACACUGAGCGAGGCUUCUUGUCAGAGCUGCGUGACAUGCUAACUAUCCACCUACAGAACAAAAUCAACAUCAUUCUGUCUGAGAAAGACAGAGAUCCCCUCCAGGUGGUAUAAGAGGGAGGAGGGAAAAAAAAUGAAGUGAGAGAGCAGAGUCAAGGGUUUAAUAGUAUCUUGCACAGAGCUAUCCAAAUGCAAGCUGAAUGAAGAUGCUCUGGUCAGUAUAGCACUGUAUUCUACGUUCACCCAAUGUUUGGACUAUAAAUUGUCAUCUAUCAGAUACGUAAUAAAUGCUGGUUUCGGGCUACUGAAAGAUGAUUUACUCAAUAACUGGGCUCUCACUUGAAUAAAUUUACUGUUACCAUAUACUAUUAUUACAUAUAUUUAAUAACCAUACCACUCAAGGGUUAGAGGGGUAAAAUAUAAAAAUCUGACUUAGCUCCAUUUUCAAGCAUACACAGCAGUUCUACCUUACUGUGGUUAUGUCAAUACAAGUCACUCAAAUUUUAGCCAAUAAAGCUCUCAAUAAUAGUUAAAGCAAUAUUGAUCACUGGUUUGCAUUAUCAGUUUUAAUAAGACACAGCUCAUAAGUAUAUGCAGAGCACAAAUUCAGGCAUUUGAUGCUUGUAUUCAAUUGCAAAACCUACCAUUAAUACAAAAGUAAGGGUGGUGGUUGGUUAGGGUUUUUUUUUUGUUUAUCUGUUUUUCAAUGGAGGGUCCCUAUAUUGAAAAACCUUGGAAGUAUUUUUUUUAAAUAUGCUUUAACACUUCCCAUUCUCAGGCAGAUUAAUUAAAUAUGUUUUUGCUUUCUUUUAAAAACAA